AUGAAAGCAGCCGUCAUAACAAAUUUCAAAAAGCUAUUGGAAAUCAAGCGUGUAGCUAUUCCAAAACUUGGACCAAAUAACUUAUUAAUUAAAACAAUUGCUUGUGGUGUAUGCCAUACAGAUUUACAUGCUGCUCAUGGAGAUUGGGAUAUCAAGCCACAACUACCACGUAUUCCAGGUCAUGAAGGUGUUGGUGAAAUAGUUGAAUUAGGCACAAUGGUCAGUAAUUAUUUAAAGAAGGGUGAUAUUGUUGGUGUGCCUUGGUUACAUAGUGCUUGUCGUCAUUGUGAGUAUUGUUUAACCGGUCGAGAAACACUUUGCAAACAACAAAUUAAUUCCGGUUUUUCAUGUGACGGUUCAUUUGCUGAAUAUGUUCUUAUGGAUGGUGAUUUUGCUGUUAAAUUGCCAGAUGGUAUGGAUCCAUUUAAAUCAGCACCACUCUAUUGUGCUGGUGUGACAGUUUAUAAAGCAUUGAAAGUUUCUAAGGUUCGACCGGGUGAAUGGGUAUCAAUUGUUGGUGUUGGUGGUCUUGGGUCAGUUGCUGUUAAAUAUGCUGUCGCUAUGGGUAUGCGUGUAGUUACUAUAGUUGCUCCUGGUGAUAAAGUUGCUGUAGCAUUAUCGAAAGAAAUGGGAGCUGAAGAAGUUUAUGAUGGUCCAUCAGAUCAACACGGCAAAUGGAUUCAAGAAAAAAUUGGUGGUGUCCAAGCAGCAGUUGUUACUGUGCCUAUUAUUGCUGCUUUUGAACAAGCAUUUCAAUCAGUUAAACGUGGGGGUCGUAUUGUUGCUGUUGGUUUACCAAAUGGUAAAAUGGCUGUACCAAUUGUUGAUUGUAUUUUGGGUGGUAUUGAAGUAGUUGGUUCAGUUGUUGGUACACGUAAAGAUUUACAAGAGUGUUUAGAAAUCGCAAAACUUCAUAAAAUUGAAUGUAAAGUAGAAAAACGAAAAUUAGAAGAUAUAAAUGACAUAUUUGCAGACAUGCUCAAUUAUAAAAUUAGCGGUCGAAUGGUUCUUGAUUUUACCGCUAAAUAA